GAUUGUUGUGAAGUGCUGUUACGACUUGGAAUGUUUACAUCAGUUCAGUGAAAAGCAAACCAUAGUGAUCAGUGUGUACCGGUUCUCCGGGACAUUCUUGCAGGUUCCAGAGCUGAUUAGAUCGUGACAUUUUGCAGUAAAAUUCGUGUCAUCCCUCAAGUAUUAAUACUUAUUUAUUUACAUACACUGUUGCCUCAUUCAUCUCAGUGCGGUAAAAAAUACCAACCACCACACCAUGGACUGGCAAAAAUCUCUCAAGAAAAGCCGUUAAAUCCCCAUCGAGAGGAACCAUAAAAUUCGAAAUCCUCCACCUCGUCUCGUCGUCAUCCGCAAUAAAAAAUCGAAUUCAUAAAAAAAAUCGCCGACCCACGAGGAAUAAACAGGAUAAGUGGAAAUUAAAUUAAAUCAUCCGUAGGAGAUAAAAGUGUUUUCUCCACAAAAUUGUUGACAACAAACUGGCAUGUACUGUCUAAGUGUGGCAUGCAGAUGCGGCGGUACUGGGGACAAUGACGUUGGCGCGAGAUGAGACUGGAACUGGGAUACAACGGGAAUACGACCGGGAGAAGAGGAGGAGAGGGAGAGUGGGUGGUGCGGAGGAAGAAGCUCCACAGCCAUGUCAUGGGAGUCUGUCGCGUCCAAGGAUUACCUCGGGGGCUCUGGAAGCCAUCAGCUGUCUGCUACUGCUCUUCUGGGCAGCCCGGAUGGCUCCAGACAUCCGUUGGACGUUUACGAAUUCGCAGAGGAGGACUACAGAUACCAAAAUGGCGAUGCGACAUCUCAGUAUCACAACAAUCGAUCGGGCAUUGGAAUUUGGGAGUGCCUCAUCGGGUGCAGGCACAGGCUCGAUCAGCAACUCGCCAGGAGAAAGGUGGAGCAGGGCCUGAAGCUCUACCGUGCCCACAAGCAGCAGGCAGCCGUGAGGAAGUGGCGAGGUGCCCUGAAAUCCAUAAGACACCGCGAUGACAAGUUUACCCUCCUCGGCUACCUCUACCAAGCCUACAUGGACUGGGGAAAAUACAGGGACAGCAUAGAUUACGCCCACAGACAGUUGUGUAUAUCAGAGGAGCUGGACUCACCGAAUAUGAGAGCAGAGGCUUAUUUGAAUUUGGCAAGGGCACAUGAGAGACUUGGUGCACUUGAUAGAGCACUUGCAUAUGCAAGACACAGCCUUUACAACGAGUGCGAUCAGUGUGCAACCGCUGGAUUAGUGCAUUUGACGGUGGGCCGGGUUCACCUGGAGCUGGCUGCAUUCUGCAAAGCGCUGGAAGCUUUUCAGAGAGCUCACAAAAUUGCUCAUUCAAUUCAAGACCCCUCAUUGGAACUUCAGGUUUACGUUGGACUAUCCGAGUUAUUCUGUCGUCUCCAAGACGCUGACAAGAGUGCGAGAUACGCAGCGAGGGCCUACGAUCUGUCUCGAAGUUUACAACUCGGUGAUUUAAAUUCGCGACACCAUCGGGCUGCACUACUGCAGAUGGCAACCGCUCUCCGGAAGAAAGGAGAACUUGGAGAUGCUCAUGACUACUGUUCGGAAGCCACGAGAUUGUCUCUCGUUUCUGGUGAUCAGGCGAGUUACGCCAGGAGUAUUCGAAUAAUGGGUGACAUUUACAGGAAGAAGUCCGAUAUCAAUAAAGCAUUUCGUCAGUACGAGAGUGCAAUGGGUUCAGCAGCAGCAACAGGGGACCGUCUGUGCCAAAUGGAAGCAAUGGAUGGUGCUGCCAGGUGCCUGGAGGCCCUCAGACUUCAGCACAAGAUAUGUAACUGCAGGCCACUGGAGUUUAACACACGACUUCUCGAAGUUGCGGGUUCCGUUGGUGCCAAGCUUCUAGUGAGGACGGUGCGAUGCCGACUAUCACGAAUCUACGGUUCUUUGGGGGAUGAGGAACAAAAAGGUCAUCAUGAGAGAAUCGCUGCUGCUACUGAAGAGGACUUGGAGCUCAGAUGCGGUGGUUGUAAUGAACCUUUUGGCUUGGAGGCUGACUCCCUUGAGGCAUUACCUUGCUCACAUAUACUUCAUGCCAGAUGUGCUAACGACAUAUUGAAAAGACGCGACAAGAAGAAAAAACGUCUUUGCCCAGAUUGCCAUAAAUCCGUGAGCUCUCGACUGUAUUUACACUGCGAGGAUCCACACGAUUUGAAUCAGAGUUCCUUGAGCUUGGCCUCGUUACGAGCGAGUAGCCUGGCGACCCUGGAGGAUUGUCACGCAACGAGCAGUGUUUAAAUAAAAAUCAAGUUUCACAAAACUCAAUGCGAAAUAAAAAUCGGCUAAAAAAAUUGACUAAAAUACAGAGUAUUACGAUGGACUUUAAUCAAUUGUUACUACACGUGAUAUAAUAAUUAGGCUCAGUUAAUGAAUAAUAAAGUAUCAAUUUGCGCGAAUAUUGGUGAGUAUUUUCAAAUGAUAAACAAUGUUAUCGAAAAACCGCACAUAGAAUUUUAUUAUUUUCCGAUCGAUGCUGAUCCGUCUUAGAGCUUGUAAUCUAAAGGAGAAUAAAUUCAACGAAUGAAAUCACGUGAAAUUCAUGAUUGGUAUCUUGAACAGAUAUAUUUUCGUGUAUCUGUAUGCACAGCGAGAAAUUUUAUUCGCUCGGGAGAACACGUGUGGAAAAAUUCAACAGUAAAACCAUCCGAACUCGCUAUUGAAUUCUAUUGAAAUUUUAUUGAACUUUUUAUCAUUUUUUGGUCAAGUUUAUCGAAAAAUUCAACAGUUUAUUCACGGAUUUCUGCGAUAAAAAAUAUUUAAUGGAAAAUAUUCUAUGAAAAAAUCAAUAAAAUUCUCGAUAACACUUCCUGUCACUCAAAUAUCGUUUAGGGCCGUUGGGAUGAAAAUUGCCACUCCCAUAAAACAUAUUUUGCCGGAAUAUAUUCUGCAGAAAUUUUGAGCCACAACAUUUUCAAGUUUUUACAUUUGAUUUUCAGUCAAAUUUGUUUAUCUGCCAUAACAAAUUUUCACGCGUGCAUUCUUCGAACUGAAUAUUAUCUCCUGAUGUGUGUGAAAUUAAUUAAACGAUUAAAUUGUGUACGUGAAGGAUAACAAAUUUUAGGCAUUGUUGACCGUACAUUGAUAAUUGUUAAAGAAUCAUAGAUUAUCGUAGAACUAAGACAACAACUAACAGCAUGCACUUCCUAGACUCCAGAGCUAUCUUUCUAUUGCGUUAAAAAAUUCUAAUUAUAUUUUUAUCUAGUCAAUGAAUACUCUUAAAGGUGCUACGAUUUAAUCCACGAAAUAACGGAGUUGAACCUAUCUUUAUGGAUUAGUAAGAUAUUUUUGAAAAAAACCUAUUCUGUCGUGCACAAUCUCAAAAAUCAUAAUUUCUAAUAUUUUUAUUAUGAUAUUAUGCUUUUAACAUUGUCGUUUACCUUUAUACGUGCCAAAGAAAAUUCAUCAAAUUAACCGUGAAAAAAAGUAAUUAACUCAAUCAAUGAAAUACGAGAAACCUGCCAUAAUGUUGAUAUUAAUUAGUACGAGAUUAAUUCUUGGAAAUUGGUUUUUCAUUUUUUUGGAAAAUCAAAUGACUUGAUUUUGUGUAAUAUCAACUUAUCAAGAGUUAUUAGAGCAACUGACGUAUUGAAAAGAGACUAAAAAUGGGAAAUGAUUUCUUAUCAGUCUUAUACUCACUGCCGUUAUUCAUUUACUAAGGAGAACAUCAGUCGUUUAAAUUACCUGCCCCUCUCUUUUACCCUUGUAUGUCGCAAGAUCAUUUUGUGAUUGUAUAAUUAAUCAAACAAUGUUUUAUCAGUUACGAAAUAUUGUUCCAAGUUAAUCGAAUUUUUCCAUGCAUAAUUUAAAAAUCGAUAUGAGCGAAUGCUAUUUAUUGUUGUUCAUUCCAUCGGACCGAUGUUCUCCUGAUAUUCAAUUAACCCCAGAGAUAAAAGGAAAUGGAAAAAAAUUACUCAAUUUUUUAAUGAAAAUUUAGGAAGCUCAAGGGCCAAAAGAACAUAAUAAACGAAAAAAUUAGUUUAAAUAUCGACGCAACGAUUAGGAAUCAUACUCUAAACUAAAAACAAAAGAAUCAGAGAGAAAAGAAAAGUAUUAGUUAUUGUUGAAUUAGACGAAUUUUGUUACAUUAAAAUCCAUACCUAUUGCGAUUGAUACAAAAACGCAAGAUCAUUGAAAAAAAGUUAUUUCUGCGGAAAUUAACGCACAAUCAGACAAUGUCUGUAGAGACAUGCACACUGCGCACCUCUUUAAACCUGGUACAUGCUCACGAAAUGGCAGAAAAAAAAAUUUGAAGCAAAAAAAAAAUUCGACUAUAAGACCCAACUGUUUACACGUGCUUCAACAAUUUUGAAUCAGAAUAUCGUUUAAAGAGACACAGAAAAUUGAAAAGAGAACACGAA